CCCUAUUGUACGCCUGUGCGUGCAUAAAGGCAGCAGUAAGCGAAAGUAUGGUUUCGUGUGAGAUAGAUGAAGUAAUAAACGAAUCAUUAUAGGUAUAGUUUACGAACAGAGAAAAAUAAUAUGGAAAAUGAAGCACCAGGGAGAGUCGUUGAGACAACAUGGGAUCAAAAAUACAUCAAGUUUCAGUGGCGAAGAACAGAAGGAAUAAAACAUUAUACUUUGGUCAUCAGAAAUGUUUUGGACAAGACCAAAGAAAUAAUCCAUAAAGAUUUUCCUGAAAAUAAAUGCCAACAUCGGAGGGAGUUGAAAGAAGAAUUGAGAAUCGGUCAAACUUGUGAAAUUAAGCUCAAAAUAUUUUGUCCGAAUGAUGUUGUGAAAGAUUCACAAUGGGAGACCUGUAUCAUUGGGGGACCUAAAGUUACACGAAAUCCUACUGCGAUGGUGAACCUUGAGAAACCAACAAGAAGCCUACAUGCCCAAUGGAUGGAGCCAGAGAUGAAGCCAGACUCAUAUGAAGUCGUAUGUAUACCUACAACUGGGAAAAGAAAAACUCAAAAAUGUUUCAAGACUAACACUACGUUCAACAGACUAAAAACCAACACAAAUUAUCGCAUAUUAGUUCGUGCAGCUUAUGCUGAUGAUCGUGGUCAUGAUUCUGAAACAAACAUAGUCAGCACUCAUGCAAAGCCAAGUGCUACUCUGACGACGCAGUACAGCCAUAUUCAUAGCAGUAGCAUCCGAAUAGAAAAGCCGACAACAGUGAAUCACAGUCAAGUGACAAAUGUCAGAAAAGAUGAUUUUGACAAACCACGCAACGUUGAAACAAAAAUGUCAACGAAUGAUGGAGGCAUUGAAAUGGCAACUGUUAGUUGGGAACCUCCCGGCUUUUCAGGAGAGUCCGAUGAUUAUGAGAUUCUACAAUAUGAUGUUAAAGUGCUACAAGACGGCCAUACGAUGUUCACUAAACAUCUCACCGACCAAUCUUGUACAGAAAAAUUUCUUAUCAAUUUGGGUAAAUGUUAUACCGUGCAUAUAAAAACAAAAUAUGAAGAAAUUGAUACAGAGAAGAUAAUUGAAGCAGAUUUAAAGACUGUUUUUCAUUCAAGGCCUACAGAACCUAAUGUUAGAGUCGGAGUUGACAAGCAGAAAGUGCUGGUACGAUGGGACAGUUCUCGGGGUGCUGAACAAUACGAAUUAAAAAUAUUUGAGUCCGAAAGUAAAAGGCAAAUCGAAUACCAGGAAAUCAGCAAAUCACUGACAAAGCACACAAAACCGAUUGGCGAUUUUAAUCUUGGAACUUAUUACACCUUCCAAGUCACUGCCCAUGGUAAAGACAAUCGGUACACCACAAAAACUAUAAACUAUUUGAUAGGUGGCGGCUCCAUACCAAGAAUGGCGAAGGCUUUCUUGAACAAAGAAAAGCCGACAGAGUGUGUUGACCUCAGAUGGGAAGCUCCGGAAGAAUCGAUUCCUUCACAUUAUCUCGUGAAAGAGGCAAAUAGACCCGACAUGACGAUAAAAGUCAAUGCAACUAGCUGUUCAAUAGACGGAUUGAAGAGUGGUCUCCCACAUCAGUUCAGUAUCAUCGCAGUCUACAAUAAUUCUAAAAGUGAUGGAUGCCUCACGAAUGAGGUUACAACAGAUCCAAGACCAUCAUAUGCCCAGAAUCUUCAGAUAAAGCUAGAUGAUCAGCACCCUGAUAAGAUGAUCGUUUGUAAAUGGGAUGAAACCCCCAAUGCCACGAUGUAUAAAAUACAAGCGAUGUCAGAUGGUUUUCUACAAGAACAUGUAAUAAAGAAUUUGCAGUUCAAAUUCGAAAAUUUACCUCCUGACACGGAAUACAGAAUAUCAGUGAAAGCUGGUAAUAAAAGCGGUUACGGAAAAGAUUCUCAGGACAAAAUAAAAACAGAAAUUUGGGUUCCGGCAGACAUUUCAUUGCAUGCUGAUGGAGACAAUUCACUGACAGUGCAACUAAAUCAAGCCAGACAUGGAUUGCAAAACAUUGUUUCACUUUUUGAAGCAAGAAAUGAUGUUUAUGUUGAAGAAAAGUCAACACAUGAAAGCGUUUGCAGAUUCGACAAAGUUAAGAACAACACAACAUAUUUUGUCAAAGUACAAACUGUGAAUGGUGUGAGAAAAAGUAGAAUCACAAGAUCAAAGAAUAUUCUAACAAGUACGUGGCAUACACUGUUUAGGUAUCUCAGUUUUAAAUAUUGA